AUGGAGCCAUUGGCAACGACCUUUUGGCCUCUGGAAUCCGCACAACACACCGGAAACAAAUCUCUAAAUGAAACCACCUCGUCUCCCCAGCAAGUGCCUGAGUAUAGUUAUGUUUCUAUCUUCCUGGUGAUGUGUAUGCUGGGACUGGUUGGGAAUGGACUUUUGAUAUGGUUCCUAAUCUUCUGUGUCAAGAGGAAGCCAUUCACCAUCUACCUCCUACACCUCGCCAUCGCCGACUUCAUGAAUCUCCUUUGUUCAUCCAUCAUUCAACUAGUGGACAUCUUCCACAUCCAUAAUGUCAACUUGCUGACUUACGCCAUCUUCCUCAUGAUCUUUGGCUACAACACGGGCCUGCACCUCCUCACAGCCAUCAGCGUGGAACGGUGCCUCUCAGUACUUUACCCAAUCUGGUACCAGUGCCGACGCCCAAAGCACCAGUCCUCUGUGGCCUGUGCACUGCUGUGGGCCCUGUCUGUUCUCGUGUCUGGGUUGGAGAGCUUCUUUUGCAUUCUGGAAGUGAUGCCCCAAUUCCCAGAGUGCCGUUAUGUGUACAUAUUUUCCUGUGUCUUGACAUUCCUGAUCUUUGUUCCUCUCAUGGUCUUCUCCAAUUUAAUCCUCUUCAUCCAGGUCUGCUGCAACCUGAAGCCAAGGCAACCAAUCAAACUCUAUGUGAUCAUCAUGGCCACGGUCAUCCUGUUUCUCGUCUUCGCCAUGCCCAUGAAAGUGUCGCUUAUCAUCGGCUACUAUUUGGACACAACAGAUGAGUCUGUGUGGAAAUCCCUCCCUUACCUGAACAUGCUGUCCAUUAUUAACUGCGGCAUCAACCCAAUUGUCUACUUUGUGGUAGGCAGCCUGAGGCAGAGGAGGAGUAGGAAGUCCCUAAAAGAAGCACUGCAGAAGAUCUUUGAGGAAAAGCCAGUGGUGGACUCGAGGGAGAAUGUUGCACAAUUCUCUCCACCUUCGUGACCUUCUGCUAGGACAUCCCCAAGGCAGGAUUCCCUGUGUGGGAAAAUAACACAAUUCUGAAACCAUUUUCCUACCUGGCGGCUCAUCUAAGAUAAAAGAGAAAGUCCUUCAUUCCUCCUGGAAAUAAAUGAUAACAAAACACACUGUACAAAUGACACACUUGGCCACUGAUAACUUGAGGGGAGCUAAUAAUUUUUGC